AUGCCAUGGGGCUCGUUCAGCUCGCCGGCACCUCGAUCUGCUACGCCUUCGGUAGCUGUUCUUGAACGAAUAGCGCUGCGUGAGCCUGAGGAUGAGGAACCUGACUUGCACCAUCUUAACGACUCCCUACAGAUUCUCGCCACUAUCUUCCCUGACAUCCAGCCUGAGGUCUUCCGCGAACUCCUCGCCAAUGUCAGCGAGGAGAGUAGAGUCCAAAUCGUGACCGAGAGCCUCCUCAAGCACAGAGCAAAGCUAGUACGCGGACGAUACCGUCAGCCGCAGGAACGAGAGGUACCAUCCUUUUACAAAUACAGAGCCGCGUGUACGGUAGAUUCUCGUGGAAUGCCUCUAGCCAUGGAAGACAGAUUCCGGAACGAAAGCUACCAGGCUGCAGUGAAAACCGCUCUAUAUGAGGAGUUCAAGGGGCUCAGCCGCUCCACCAUCCGGGCUGUGCUUGCCGAAUACAACUACUCUUACACUCAAGCUAGACCUACACUCUUGAACUUGGCCUCUAAGUCAUGGAGGUUCUCUUUCACAAGCCUUAUCAAACGGCGGAAGGCGCCAUCUUCUACCGACCAUCCACUCAUAACUUGGAGCGCUCCUGAACCAAGGUUGAAUAUACCAGCACGGCCGGUGCUGACGUACACAGAAAAUGCAGAGCUCAACAAAGAGCUUUAUGACACUCUGGUUGCUCCAGUCUUGGCCAGGAUGGAAGCGGAGCAGAUUGUGAGGGACCGAGCGUUGGCUGAGCAGCUUAAUGAAGCUCAGGCUGAGGAAGCUGGGGAUAUGUACGACUGCGGGUGCUGUUUCACACCUUGCACAUUCGAACAGCUGUCUGUCUGUGAUGACGGAGUUCAUUACAUCUGCUUCCGCUGCAUACGUCACUCUGUUAACGAAGCACUCUACGGUCAAGGUUGGGCCCGCAAUAUCAACACAGAAAGGGGAACAUUGCGGUGCAUUGCACUCGCUACCAACGGCACAAAAGAAUGCAACGGGUGCCUCCCACUCUCCUCCAUCCAACAAGCACUCGCCACAGAACCGAACGGCGAAGAGACAUGGCGGAAACUUCAUGAACGCUCAACGACUUCAAACCUCAUACAGUCUGGGUUACCAAUCCUCAAAUGUCCCUUCUGUAUCUAUGCCGAAGUCGAUGAGGUUUAUCUCGCGACGCAGCAUCUCAAAUGGCGGCUAAAAAACCGCGGACUUCUCGUACUCACCUCCGCUAUACUCUUCCAUCUACUUUCCAUCCCAGCUUUCCGCGGCCCCUUCCGCUUCCUCGUUCUUUUCACGUUUCUCUUCAUCACGCUCAAUUACCUCCUCAAAACCAACAUCCAGAUCUUUGCACCUUUGAUCGAAUCCCGCAAACGACUCGCUCGCAAAAGCCUCGGCCUCCGCUUCUCCUGCCUCUCACCCUUCUGCGGCCGCCGCUCCUGCAUCAGCUGCCACAAAGAGUGGCACGACAUCCACAUCUGCCAUGAGUCCGAGCGGCAGGCCCUCCGUACGGCCAUCGAGCGUGCACAGGCCGAAGCAAUCAAGCGCACCUGUCCGAACUGCAAUCUCAGCUUUGUUAAGGCGUCUGGCUGCAACAAGCUGACGUGCGUGUGCGGGUACCAGAUGUGCUACGUCUGCCGUCAAGAGGUGGGCAAGGAGGGCUAUAGGCAUUUCUGUCAGCAUUUCAGACCGGAUCCUGGGAAACCUUGUCAGGAAUGUGACAGAUGUGAUCUGUACAAGAUGGAGGAUGAGGAAGCCGUGGUAAGAAGGGCCGGCGAGAGCGCGGAAAGAGAGUGGUGGGAGAAUCAGGUGAAGGAGGGGUGUUCCCUGUGGGAGCAGGGUAGAAAGGGAGUUCGUAAGGAGCAGCAGACUACGGGUACCACAAUUCCAUCAAGCUUGAGAUUCUGGGAAAGGGCGUUUUGGGAGGGGUUACUGGAUCAGGUGGUAGAUACCCUGGUGGUGGCAUGA